AUGACCUGGUCUUAUGUGCCCGUAAUACAGCGCGCAAGCGAUAAGACUGGAAGCAAUAUCAAAAAGUCGCAACGCUACGCUAAUGCUCCAUUCCGAGUUGCAGAAAAGGUACAAAAGCCUGAAUUCGCCGGAUACUGGGUGUAUUGCGACAAGUCAACUGAGUCUUGUCUCGAGGACGCGGACCUCGUCCUCUUCCACCUCCACGGUGGAGGCUAUGUAAUGGGUCACCCGCUUGAUAAUGCACCCGAGCUUCUCCUUAUCGCCGAGGCGCUGUCGCGGCGCAACCAUAAAAUAGCUGUAUUCUCUCUCGAAUACACGCUCGUUCCCACCGCGCCGUUGCCGACACAGCUUGAUCAGACCAUCGCCGCAUAUACCUGGCUUGUAAGCGAACUGCACAUAAAUCCGUCCAAGCUGUACCUCAUCGGCGAAUCAGCUGGUGGCCAUCUUAUUCUCUCCCUGCUCAACGCGCUGUAUGAACGAGCUUCAAGUCAAGUUCCGAUUGCGCUCCCAAAACCAGCGGUGGUCUUCCUGGUUAGUCCCUGGGUAAACCUAAACCCAUGCGGAGUUGACGCAAAAGCAAAGAACCAAGAUCUGGACACCCGCAGCGCGGCAUUUAAACAUGUACUCGAGCGCUUCUCCAACCUAGUCCUGCACGGAGCAUCCCCCGCAUACCUAAAGCUACACGGCAGCUUUGCACAGCCAGUCCCAGGACGCGGUUCGUGGAAGGACAUUUUACCCGUGACAACCUGGGUCUCUGCGGGCACUGCAGAGCCUCUAUUCCGCUUCGACAUUGAAGAGUUUGUCAGGGUUGCGCGGCGCGACGGGGCCGAUGUGAGGUUCGAGCUCGCGGAUGGCAAAGUGCAUGUUUGGCAGUCCGUUGAGGCCCGGCAGCAGGAGGCGAAAUUUCUAGCUUUGGCGCUGGAAGAAGACAAUGCACGGUUAAUGCCUGGGUAUCGACAUAUUGCGGAGUUGAUAUAUGAUCUCUUGGAGGGUCGAGCGUAA